GCACGUGUGCAGUCUGGCAACUCCGACUGGUGGUAAAAAUGUUGAAGAAUAUCUACGUAACGCCGUUAAAUUUGCUUAAAUCGGCUACCAGCCUGCAGCAACAAGUGCGAACCACAUUCGUGCUCAAGCGCAAAUAUGACCCGCCGCUGCACAAAACCAACGAGAAGCCGCGCCGGAUGAGGGCCAAAUACUUUAUCUACGAGCUUGUGGAGGAUACGCUGGUCAAGAAGCGGCCAAACAUGGAGGCGGUGCUGAAGACCUUCGUGGAGGGCGUUGGUGACAAGGGGGACGUGGUGUCAAUGAAGCCACAUUUUGUCUACAACAAACUGCUCCUCCCUGGCCUGGCCGACUACAAUACACCGGAGAACGUGGCCAAGUACGCCAAAACUGAGGCGGAGAAGUCGGCGGUGAAGCAUAGUUCGGCAUACGCCCAGCGCACUGUCAAUAUGUUAGAGUCCAUUGUCUUGGCGGUGGUGAUGAACAAGGAUGAACCGUGGGUGCUGGAGCCGUGGCACAUCAAGGCCUCUUUGCGCAAGGCCGGCUUCCACUGCCGCGAGGAGUGCAUAACCUUGCCCAAGGAGCGCAUCGAGGGCCCCGAUCUGAAGAAGGAGAACAAGGACUUCUACUGCACCGUGACCAUUAAUAAGUUGGAGCAGGCGCGGCUAAAGUGCCGUCUGCACCACUGGAGUACAGAUCCUAGUGAAAGACUCCCCUAUGUGCUGGAGCACUGGAAGCAGAAUUCAGAACCAUUGCUGGAGGUCGGCUUGCCCCAGAAGCCGGGAAAGGAGAAAAAAUAAACUUGUUGAUCUAUGAACAGCGCGAAAAA